CCCGCCCGGGACAGAAGAGGGCGCCUGGCCGAUCGGGGAGGCUCCCGACGGCGACGCGGCGACCAGAACAGGGGCCGGCGGGGCAGGCUGAAGGCUGGGCACCCGGCAGCUGCCGGCAGAGAUGGAGAAGUUUCAGGCUGCGAUGCUGCUGGGGGCCGUGGGCGAUGCACUCGGGCACGGACACGCCUUCGGGGAGGACAGCGCCUCGGGCCCCAAGGUCCAGAAGGAGCCGGGAAAGGUGGGGGGACUGGACCACCUGGUGCUCUCUCCAGAGAGGUGGCCGGUGAGCGACAACACCAUCAUGCACAUGGCGACGGCAGGGGCCCUGGUCACAGACUUCUGGUGCCUGGACGACCUGUACCGUGAGAUGGUGCGACGCUACGUGGACGUGCUCGAGAAGCUCCCGGGGCAGCGGGUAGACCCGGCCACCGUCGAGGGCUGCUCGCAGCUGAAGCCCGACAACUAUCUCCUGGCCUGGCAUACGCCCUUCAAUGAGAAAGGCUCCGGGUUUGGCGCUGCCACCAAGGCGAUGUGCGUGGGCAUGCGGUACUGGCAGCCGGGGCGGCUGGAGACGCUCCUCGAGGUCAGCGUGGAGUGUGGCCGGAUGACACACAACCAUCCCACAGGCUUCCUCGGGUCCCUGUGCACGGCCCUGUUCGCGUCGUAUGCCGUUCAGGGCAAACGGCUGGAGCAGUGGGGACGAGACAUGCUGAGGACAGUCCCGCUGGCCGAGGAGUAUUGUAAAAGGACCAUCCGGCACCUGGCAGAAUACCAGGAGCACUGGUUUUACUUCGAAGCUAAAUGGCAGUUUUACUUGGAGGAGAGAAAAAUCAGUGAGGACACGGAGAACGAGGCCAGCUUUCCCGACCGCUACAGCGCGGAGGAGAGGGACAAGACCUACAGGAAAUGGAGCUCGGAAGGUCGAGGGGGCCGGCGGGGCCACGACGCCCCCAUGAUUGCCUACGAUGCCCUUUUAGGAGCCAAGGGCAGCUGGACGGAGCUCUGCCACCGGGCCAUGUUCCACGGAGGUGAGAGCGGGGCCACGGGGGCCAUCGCCGGCUGCCUGUUUGGGCUGCUGCACGGCCUGGACGCCGUCCCCGCGGGCCUGUACCGCGAGCUGGAGCUCAAGGAGCAGCUGCGGCGCCUGGGCGAGGAGCUCUACCGCCUGUCCACGGAGGAGAACCCCAGGAGCGGCAGGAUUUGCAGCAAUGAGACGCCCAUCGAUGUCCAAGCCCUAAAGAAGAAGGUCAGCAGGGUGACAUGCGGCCCCGCGGCCCGAGCCAUCCUCAGCAGUUUGCUGCUCUACACCACCGAGCGCGAGGACGGGCCCCAGGGGCCUCCUCCCGCCAGGAGGGCAGAAGGCGGGCUGAGCAAGACCGGCCCGGUGCCGGAGCCCCAGGAUGCCCCGCGGCGACCCACACGCUUCCAGCUCCUCAAGGCCAAGUUCAUGGGCACCGGCCGGGAGCCGCGCCUCAAGAGGACCCGGGAGGUGGGGCGGCUGAUCUUCAAGGACAGGCAGGGCCCCGGCAGGAGCCUGGUGACGGCCACUAUCCACAAGCUCCUGGAGAAGACCAGGGAGGGAGCCGACCGCCCCCCACGGGACCGGGAGCCGCUGGGUCGCGAGAGGCCCCGGGGGCUCCCCGCCGGGAGGGGCUCCGUGAAGAGCAUCCUGAAGGUGUUCUUGGCCGCGGAGGAGAAGGAGGCCGCGGAGAAGCCUCCCGCGGAGCUGCCCAAAGCCGCCAGGGGCCCUCCGCCCAAGGCGGGCGGCAGGCGGAGCGCCGCGCUGGCCAAGCUGCGGGAGACGUUUGAGCGGAGCGGCUGCCGCUGUGCGGAGACCGGCCUCCUGCCGCUGCGCGCGCACGAGCACAGGACGAAGCGCCUGCCGCGGGGCCCGCUGCACCGGCCCGAGCGCCGCGUGCUCCGCUUGGCCACCUUGGCCAGCACCUGCAUCCGGGCGCCCCCCGCCCGCUUCCUGGCCGGCUCGGCCGAGCCCCUGCUGCCCUUCAGCAUCGCCACCGUCGUCUGCGGCCCCCGCAGCUGGAUGUCCCACGGCGCCAGAGUCACCCACGCGGAUCUGCGCCGCGCGCCCAGAGGAGAAACGGGCACGGCCCCCCGCGCGCGAGAGACGCCCGGUGGGAGCCAAGCGCCAGGGUGGGGGCAGCCCCGGCAGCCCUCCGCGCCCCGGGCGACCGCCCCCAGGGACGGCCCGGAAACACUGCUCCCAGGUACGGGGCCCGAGUGUGUCCCCAGGGCAGUCCCCUCUCCCGUCUCCCCCUGGGGUGAAGUCCUUCUUGGCUGCGAGCCCGAGCUGAGCCCACGGGGACCAGCCAGCCCGGGGGGCACGGCGGCAUUGAGAGGCGACAGGACGGGGGCUGCCCAGGGGAAGAGGGGAGCAAGGCUGGGCCCCCCGCCGGGGCUCGUGGGGGGCAGAGCAGGGGCUGCCCCCGAAGUCACCCUGACCGUCUGCAGUUCAGAGGAUGAAACGGAAAGAAUGACUGCAGACUCGGAGCCAGACCCCCUCUUCGCUGUCCAGGAGAAUUGCCCAGAAGAGAGAGCGCCAGGACAAUUCCCUCCACUCGCGGCGCACGCAGCCCAGGCCGCGCAGCGCACACAGCCAGCCAUGGAGCCUCCGCAGGUCGCGGCCAGACUGCCAGCUGUCCACAGGGUGCCGCCCCCUCCUGUCACCCUGCAGAGGGCAGCGGUCCCUGAAGACCAAGGCUGGCGUCUUCUGGGAGGAGAGGGUGUGACUGGAAAUACAGGAGCUUCACCUCCCACUAUGGCCGAGGGUGGAAGCAGGGGCGCCCCGUCGAGGGCAGGACGGAGCCCGGCAGGUCUGAGCCCACCCACCCUGCCACAGCAGGGCCCAGGGGCAGAGCCAACGCUCACAGCGCCUCCGCAGGAUGCUGCCUGCCAUGGUCCAGACGUCCCCGAGGCAGUUCCCACGACGAAACCGCAGAAAAGUUCCCCCGGAGGAAAGGAAACCAGACGCAGCCCUGGGACUUCACACAGGCUCCAGAAGCACCAGGACACCUGGGGAGAGGACGCUUCCCAGCUAAGUUCUAAGACGCCUCUGCUGCGGGGACGGGAGGAAAGGCCUGUUGAUGACGCCAGCACCUCAUCACAUCGGUCCGCGGCCUCGGAAAACCGAUGGAGGGGACUCACUGGCUGUGCCCCCGGCGGUCAGCAAGUGCUGGCGCCCAGGGUUCCCAGGAGGAGCGAGGUGAGUGUCUCCAUGAGGCCAGAAGCACCGGCCCAGGACGGGAGGAGGCCUGAGAAUCUGCCCUCGGUGGACAAGAGCCCCCCUCGUGAGCAGGAAGGACACAGGGGGCCCCCGUCGUCCCCGGAGCCAGCCCGGCCCCCGCUGACGGCUGAAGGGAGCGCCAGCCGUGAUCCUGGUGAGAACAGAGCGAGCUCCUUAACUGAACGAACACAGCCGAGGAGUGUCAACGCCCCCGGGCGGGUGAUGGCUGCAGGGGCCUCCAAAAGCCCCCCAGCCCUGGUGCCAGGUGACGCCCUGAGCCCCGGAAACAGGGCGGCCAAGGAGCAGGAGGAAAGGGGCGCCGCCCGGCCCGCAGGCCCAGGUCUCGCGGCCGAGGAGCCUGAUCGCCAGCCCGGGGGCGGCAGCGCGUGCAGAGCCUCGGGGUCCCCACCCGCCCCGCCUCGGGAGGCCGCCGGCACCCACACCCUGCCUGUCGAGCCCCGCGUGGCAGCUCCAGGUGAACUGGCCGCAGGCGAAAGGAAGGUGGCAGCUAGGGGCAGAAUCUCGGGCGCUGUGUGGCAGAGCCCUCGGGGGGGCAGCCCAAAGCCCCCGACUCCAGCCCCAGAUCUCCCGGUGCCACAGGGGAGCCACGUGGCGGGGACUCCAAGCCGCGCUUUGGGCACUGGGCCACCGCCUUCUGGGGACCAGCAGGCCAAGGGCGGGACGUGCGUCUUACCCGGGGAACAGCUUCCUCCCAGUACUGGGCCUUCCCGCCAACCUCCCCCCACGUCCACAGCAGCGGAUGGGCCAAGGGCGGACCGGGUGGCCCAGAAGCGCCUCGACCUCCAGGCCCCCAGGGAAGUCGCGGGCGGGGAGAGGGCCAGCCUGGGCGGCGGAAGAAGUCACCGUGCGCAAGAGGAGGGGCCCCCGGGGGCUGCGAGGCUGGGCGGUCCUGGAAGGAAGGGAGAAGGCCUUUGGGGCGAGAAGGCCCACUCGAGUGGGGCCGAAGAGGCUGUGGACGGCGACCCGGCGGCCCCGGUGGAAGCUCCCGCCCGGCGCACUGGGAAGAGGCCAGAGUGGCCGCAGAGGCAGCAGGCGAGGCACACAGAGGGCCCUCCCCGGGGACAUGGGGCCCCGGCUGCAAAGACCCCAGCUCCUCCCCACCCAGGGAGCCCGGCACACCCUGCCCAGGCCCAGGCUGGCAGGACGGCCCCCCCUGACUCGGCUCAGCCUGAGAGCAAGGCAGCAGAGGUGGCGCCCCCCGCAGGCAAAAAUGAGGCAUCCCGGAGACCAGCAGCCUCCAGGGGUGGUCAGGGGGCUCGCGGAGAGCCAUGCGGGCAGGGCGAGAGCCCGACGGCCCCUGGCCCCCGGCCAGCACCAGGCUCUGCAGUGCCCUCGGCCGCGCUAGGGGGCUGCCACACGGCCCGCGCCCCCGCCCCGGGGGGGCCCCCGGACACCCCCGGGGCAGGGAGGGGCACACAGGGACGCGGACGCGGCGGCAGGGGCGCGCACCUGUCCAAGUACAGAGCCCAGAGCUUCAGAGACCAGAGGUCCUUCGAGCUGUCCUUUAGACCAGCCAUCCUCAGGGCCAACGACACGUUCACGCUUCCAAAGUGAGGCCCUCACGGGAGCCAGCGGCCCGAGGCCUCACUCCCUUUCCUUCCUCCCGGUGACCCUCGGCUCUGAGCGCCGGCGCCCGGUCUGCGGGGUCGUGUCCUCUGUCGUGAGUGGCCCUGGGAGGACGGGAGCCCUGCGGCCAGUACACUCCGCCCACACCUGGCGUCUUCACGGGCGUCAGGCUCACGCCCGUCUCUGCACAGGAAGUUCUGACCUUCGGUGCUGGACUUCCCGUGCAUCUGUCCCGUCCCCUCCUGGGGCGUGGCCUUGGGUUUUGAGGGCACUCUGCCUCUUGCGGGGUCACCAGCAGGUGCCGACAUGACCCCUCCCGGCUCAGACACGGCCAGGGUGGUGAGUGGCCCCGACUGGCCCUGCCGGUCCUGGAAACAGUCAGAGGGCUUCAGUUCGACAUGGCGACCACCGGGGGGCGGGGGGCUGCGUCCAUGACCCCACAGCCGCCUGACAGUCAGGGAGCCACUGGGAUCCGGGUGUGGCCUCUCUGUCCACCCAAGCCUGGCCGGAGCCAGCGAACCAGGGGGAGUCGACUCCAGAGAACAGCGACCGUCAGAGCCGCGAAAAGGCUGUUUUCAGGUGCACGAUUCCCAGGACGGUUUCAUUCAGAAACUGGUGAGAAAAGUAACCCAGUCUCGUCUGACCCGCCAUCAUCACAGCAGCCUCUUCGGGGUCUGCAGGGCCUGCAAGGCCCUGGACGGGGCGCAGGUCGGUGACGGAGUGCACACUCCAGCCCCGCCGCCCUCCCGCACAGCGUCCGAGUGUUUCCCGCCAGAGACGUUGCUCAAUUGCAGCCCUUUCCGUCACUUAGACGAUGCGCUUUCUGUCUAGAAUAUUUGAACACUGUACAGAAGGACAGGGACGGAAAUAAAAACCACUGGUCGGGCA